AUGGCAAAGUACGAGAAUGCUCCUAAUCAGUCCAUCUUGGUCAAAGACUCAAAGGUGGCGUUUCGUUGGUUGGGACCGAAACAUGGGAUUCCCGUAAUCCAUCUCGUAUCAUUCAGCAGGGCUACAAUGAGCCAGAUAGAUCCAGUUUCUGUGAAUAAGAUAGCCGAGAAGCGGCCAGUCAUUCUCUUUGACAGCGUUGGUGUUGGCAGAUCCGAGGGAAAAGUACCUACAUCAUACGCAGGUUGGGCGGAUUGCUGCGCAGAACUCAUUAUACAACUCGGAUUUGAUCAAGUCGAUGUCUUGGCCUUUUCGAUGGGCGGAUGCGCAGCUCAGAUGCUGGCUUUGAAUUACCCAGCUUUGGUCCGCCGUUUGAUCCUCAUUGGGUCCCUACCAAGUAUUGGACCGGGAGUCGUACUUCCACCGCCCGCACCCUUUCAGGGUAUUCGCAUGGCAAAUGAUCGUGAAUGUCAGGAAGCUGCGCUCCUGGAAUUCUGUUUUCACUCUUCAGAGACCAGCCAGGCAGCGGGGAGAGCGACGUUUCGGAGAAUGCUUGAGGCCAGAGAUGAUUGGUCUGAUUUGAUUGAUACGGAUGGCACCCGACGUCAAGUCCAGGCGUUUGCCAAGUUUAUGAAUCCGCAAUACUCAUCAGAAGGCUCUUUCGGGCGAUUCAACGAACUGAGAAUUCCGGUUUUGUUGAUCAGAGGAUCUCACGACUACGUCUUUGAAAGGAAAACAUGCCAAGCUAUGGCAAGACAGAUGUACAACACCGCUGUCAGUGUUUAUGAGUUUCCAGAUGCUGGCCAUGCUCCACACUGGCAAUAUCCAGAGGAGUUUGCUGAACUUGCAGACUGCUUUCUAUGUGCUCAGGACACAAUGAAGGUCCCAGAGCUACCAGUAAGUUGGGUGCGUUGGAUUCAUGGUUCGGACUUGGUCAGCAAGAUUUAA